AUCAUUUUAGGACCUCUUUCUGGGAGCGACGAAAAAGUUUAUAUGAAAAUUGACACCGCACCGUGAAUACCCGAAUAGAUAAGUUACUUUAUGCCGUGAAUUACAUUGACCUAAAAAAUUUUUAAGUAGAUUGAACCAUCUUCGGUAGUUUUUUACUGUAUUAUACACACUUGUAAAUAAUAUCUUUCUUUAUCACAUUCAGUUCUUUGGUUAUUCUAUAGAGAUCUUCAUCAUAGUGGUUAGCAACACAAAAAACGGUCAACGGUCUGUUAGUAUUUAUGUGUGGUGAGAAAUUUGUACCUUUAUCAUACUAAAAACAAACGAGGCUGGAGAAUGCAAAUAAUGCGUAUACGACUCUUGAAACACUUGUUAUUAUUGAUAGCAAUUGUGAUGGCUGAAUGUAAAAUUUCAUCCAUAGAAAAAGCAUAUUCUAAGGGUGUUUCUGCAUACACUGGGGAAAGAUGGUCAGAAUGUAUUUCCCAAUUUGAAGAGGCAUUGCAUUUAUAUAAACUUUAUAGAUUAAUUAUUGUCAACUGUAGACUCAAAUGCAAAUCACAGCCUUAUCAAAGCAUUUUAAAUACUAAUAUAGAAGAUUUGAAAAUAUAUGAAAAAAUUUUUAUGAAUAAAAAUUGUUUACACAGUUGUCAAGAAAAAGACCUCCCUGUUGGUCAUGAGGAUAUAAAACUGGAUGAAAAAAUUCUGACUUAUAUGCAGACCCGCAAGCCCUAUGACUAUUUACAUGUGUGUUAUUUUCAAAUGUAUGCAUUACCUAAAGCUGCAAAUUCAGCAUACACUUACCUUGUUGCUAAUCCUGAAGAUGAUAAUAUGAAAAAAAACCUUGAAUAUUACAUUGAUCAACCAGAAGUAGAUGUAAGUGAAAUUAUAGAUCUUCAAAGUGAAGAUUAUGAAGUUCUUUAUAAUCUAGGUUAUAAGUCAUAUAAGCAAAAUAACUGGGCUGAAACUAUUGCUAAUAUGGAAGAAGUAAUAACAAAUUAUAUAUCUUCUGAGAAUAUGUGUCGUGCUGAAUGUGAAAGGCAACCAGAACAAGAUGGAUCGUCAGAAUUUAUUAUCACAGUUUCUAAUAAUAUUGCAUCUCUAUUACAUUGUUACCAAUAUUGUCAGAAAAAACUAUCUACUCUCCAGUAUAAAUCAGGAAUUGAAUUUCUUGCUGAUGUUUUAAAUUAUUUACAGAUAUCUUAUUAUCACCUAGACAGAUUUGAUGAUGCCGCAAAAUGUGUUGCCACAUACUUAGCUUUAAUGCCUUUAGAUGAAGACAUGAUAACAAAUAAAGAAAUCUAUGAAACUGUUGUAGAUAAAAAGUCAUUCAUAGAACGUUCUGAUGUAAUCCAUUAUUUUAAACGAGAUGAAUAUGAAAAGAAACUUCUUAAUUUAUUUCAUCAAGAAGAUUAUUAUCAUUCUGAAUAGAAAGAUUUUGGAUAGAAUAUAUUAAGAAUAAAUAAUUGUUAACCAAAUGUGAUAACAAGUGCCAUUUAGUACUAAAAGUAUAUUUCUUUUUUAUACAUAAUUACUAUGUUUGUAUAUUAUAUUAUACAUACUUUGUGCAAUACACAUAAGUGUAAUUU